AAUCCUAAAUGAUCUUAAAAUAAUUUAUUUUGUAUUCAUUGGUACAAUCUACGUCUUUCUUUCGUAUACAGCCAAUUAAACAGACGCCCGUAUAAAAUCAACAUACGCGGUGGUGCGGACAACAACUUUCCGCCGUCUCAUUUGCUGGGCACCGGCCGGGUCUCCGUGUCCGUGACGGUGCACGUUUCAAUUCAUCGGGGCGGCCCGCGCCCACCCCCGUGCGCCAGCAAACGACGGCACUGGUUACACGGACACGCGUGACGCGUCGGCCGCUGGGUCCGCCCCGCGCAUCCCGAUCACGGCAAGCAAGCGCGCCCGCCGCUGCGCUGCACGUCCCGCCUCGACGCCACGCCAGACAAGCACGACGCGGAGCCAACGAAAAGCCGAAACGGGGCGCGGGCACGUAGCACGGGUGACGUGCGCGCAUGCUCCGACGUCCGGUCCAGUCCCGGCCCCGUCGCCUUCCUCGAUGCUCCCGGCGUCCGCCCCACGCCAAUCCCCGGUGGGCCCCUUGCAUGCGUAGGAAGAGGGACGGGAACGCGAUGCCGAUGCGGCUGCCGGCUGCACCGCGCCCACGUGAAGGCAUGCAUCCAUCCACACCGGCGAGGAGAAGGAGAUCAGGCAGGCCCGCGCGGCGGUGGGCUAAACGCGUUGCCGUCGCGAAUCUUCUUCCUCCACUCGCCCCGCUCCGCUAUUCGCUAGGGAAUGGAAUCCGAUCCCGUCCGAUUACAUAUAAUACAAUUAUGUUAACUUAAUUGCGUCUCAUAGGGCUAAACCCUAUCUUUGCAUCGUCGGAUGCUGCUACUAUGUGCUAUGGGAUGACCAUUCGCGUACUGUCGGUUGUAUGGGUGGGAUCCUCUGCGCACGCGUUUCGGUGUCCACGAUAUAAUAGUGGAAUACAGUGAACAGUUUGUUCGGUUAUUCUACAAUUCUAUUCUAUCAAAAGAACUACUACUGCUAGUACUAGUAGCAUCUAAAAAAGGCGGACGGUGUUUUCCUCGUGGCAGGCCACACAGAGGGGCAACCAAAGUCGUUGCCGCAGAAAAAAAUAAUAAUCACAAGCGUUCUACCGGUGGAGGACAACCAUUAAUCAGCAGGCUUUGGGGCCAAAAGAAACGGAGAGGAGAAAAGCGGGGGCGGCAAGCAACCACGGGCGGAGCUCGGAGCGUCCUCCUCCUCCCGUCUAUAAAUUCCCCUCCUUUUCUUCCUCCAUAUAUAGGGGCCAUCAGAUCCAAGAAGAGGGAAGAGCACCAAGGACCUUCGGCGCCCGUUCAGGAUCCACAUCUUCCCGAGCGAGUUCUUGGUUGACCUCUUCCUCUUCGGACCACCUCCAAGGCUCUUGGUGUAGCUUGCCACUCUCACCAAUCAAGUUUUCAUGUCUGAUCUCGACAUUCAGAUCCCAACUGCCUUCGAUCCCUUCGCUGAGGCCAAUGCUGGGGACUCUGGUGCGGCAGCAGGGUCAAAGGACUACGUACACGUGCGCAUCCAGCAGCGUAAUGGUCGCAAGAGCCUGACCACCGUCCAGGGAUUGAAGAAGGAGUUCAGCUACAGCAAGAUCCUCAAAGAUCUCAAGAAAGAGUUCUGCUGCAAUGGUACAGUGGUCCAGGACCCAGAACUUGGACAGGCUGCCCGCUAUAGGUCAUUCAGCUCCAGGGUGAUCAGAGGAAGAACGUCUCGAAUUUCCUCGUCCAGGCCGGCAUUGUGAAGAAGGAGCACAUCA